UUUGAUUGAGACAGAUGAGUCUCAUAAAUGAUAAUUCUGGUGCUCUGAUACCUUAAUUAUUGUUGAUAUUCAAAUCCAUUUCUCUGCUUUUUAUCUCUGCAAAAUCUUGCUCUUUCUAGAACAAAAACCUCCAUUGAUAUUUUUCUCUCCUUCUUCCUCUUUCCUCCGUUACUCUCUGUUUGUUACUUUUUCCUUUGCUUUCUCUGUUUUUCCGGGAAAGUUGAAUCCUUUUCGCAAUUCUGUUAGAAAAUCGUGUCUUUGUUUGUAAAACUACAAAACCCAGAAAUCUCUCGCGCAGAAAACUAGGGUUUCAGCUCUCUUUUUUUUUUUCUCAAAAUUUUUCUGUCAUUUUCUCGGGAAAAUUCGAUUGAAAGCCAGUUUUUUUUUUUUUUUUCUGGGUUCUCUCGUAAUUUUGAUUUUUGGGCUUGAUGUAGCUUGAAGGUUUAACGUUGAAUUUUCGUGACUUUGAUCAGGGUUGAGUUUUCUUUAAGGUUGGUGAAGAAGGAAACACGAUUACAAAAACCCGGAAAAAGAGGGAGAGAAUUCCGUGUCCGGGGAAUUUUGACCGGCAUAUAAACUAUCCGGCGAACUGAAAUCCGUUGGGAAUUGAUAGCAUUGCCAGCGAAGAAUCUAUCUGUGAAGGAAAAAAAACAGAGGUGCGAAGACUCGCCCGUGAAUUGCUGUGUCCAAACUCCAAAAAAUAGAACUCUUUCGUAGGCCCAUUUCGCAUUUUUGUCUCACUUUUCAAGGGAAAUCGAAUCCCGACAUUCAGUCUCUCCCCUCUUUCUAAUUUCUAUCCCUCUCUCUCCUCUCCUCUGUCUCUCUCUCUCUCUCCCUCUCUCUUUCUGUUUUUUCUCUCUUUUAUAAGGCUCGUUCUGUUUUCCGGGUUGGGGUGAGAGAAACAUUUUUCUCUCUCUGAUUCAGGGUGAGCGAAAACCCAAAUUUUCUCUCCCCCUCUCUCUCCCCCUCUCAUAUCUCUGUCUCUCUCUAGAAUAGCAGAGGAAAGAAAAAGAAAUGAUAUUAGACAAAGGGUCAAUGCAAUCAAACCUUGACUGCUUCCUCCAUUCUACAACCCCGGUGAUCCAACCCCAAUUCCUACCCAAGUCUGAGAUGAGGAACCUCAAUCGGCUAUGGCAUCCAUGGGAGAGAGAAAAGGUUGAGUAUUUCACAUUGAGUGAUCUCUGGAAUUGCUAUGAUGAAUGGAGUGCUUAUGGCGCCGGAGUUCCAAUCGUCAUGGACGGCGGCGAGACUCUUGUGCAGUACUAUGUGCCUUACCUCUCUGCGAUCCAAAUUUUCACUAGCAAUUCAUCUGUGAACAGCUUCAGGGAAGAGCCUGAGUCGGGUGACUGCGAGACUAGGGAUUCGUUUAGCGAUUCGUGCAGCUUUGAGAGCGAAAAUGAUAAGUUGUGGAGAUGGGAUGGAUGCUCUUCAGAAGAUGGCGGGUACGAGCAAGACAAUCUCUUGCAUGUGAAUGAUAGAUUAGGGUACCGAUAUUUUGAGUACUUUGAGAGAUCAACUCCCUAUGGAAGAGUUCCUCUCAUGGAUAAGAUCAAUACAUUAGCGCAACGAUACCCAGGGUUGAUGUCAUUAAGGAGUGUUGAUCUCUCACCAGCUAGUUGGAUGGCUGUUUCUUGGUACCCAAUUUAUCACAUUCCGAUGGGAAGGACUAUAAAGGAUCUGUCCACAUCCUUCCUCACAUACCACACCCUUUCAUCUUCAUUUCAAGACAUGGACCUUGAGGACGAUAUUGAGAACGAUGAGCAACGGAAGCGAAAGAAAGGGGAAGGCAUCUCUCUCCCUCCAUUUGGUUUGGCCACUUACAAGAUGCAAGGGAGUGUGUGGGUCUCAGGCAACUGUGGAAGGGACCAAGAGAGGCUCAUGUCGCUAUUGAGCGUGGCGGAUUCUUGGCUAAAGCAACUUAAGGUCCAGCACCAUGACUUCAACUACUUCACAACUAUUAGGCGUGGCCAGUGCCACUACCUUUAAAAGAACUCCUUCACUUGAAAAUGAAAGUGAUUGACAGCUAAACUCCUCUCUUGGGAUAAUUUGGUUUUUGUUAACCUUUUGUUUUGGAGUUUAAUUAGCCGAUGAAGCUGAUUUAGGAUUGUGGUUAUUUGCUAGGGUGUUUUAGUGUUGAGCUCAUGUUUGAGGUCAGUAGAUGAGAGUAUGUGAUGAAUGACUUUGACUCCUUUUGUUGGGACUUUGUAUGUAGUUGAGAGAUGGGUGAGGUUAGAGAAAGGCUCUUUGAAUCAUGAGUUUAUAGUGGUUUGUGUAAAUUAUUAUAUUCUCUUGACCGUUUUAUGGAACUCUGGGGAGAUAAGGAUAAAUUGCCUUCUGAUUUUGCAA